GGCCCAUACACACACACACACAAGUCAAACGGAUAUAAAUAGUACAGGUUAAUUAGUUAGGUAAGUAAUUUGAGCUCGGGCCUGGCAGAAUUUGAUCCACAGACGGGUAACUCAAGAAUUGCCCAUUGUCACUGCAUACAAAUCUAUAUAAAUCGCACCUGGACGGACUCGCACUCACCACUCAGCCUUACUUCUGUUGAUUCACCUGCCAGGAGAACAUCACCGAGCACCAUGUCUCUCACAUCUAUCCUUUCCGCUGAUGCCAUCGACAGCGCACUCAAGGACUGCCAAGCGCCAGACUCCUUCAGUCCCAAAAAGUUCUUCCAGCUGUGUGGCAUGACAAAGAAAAGCCCUCAGGAGGUGAAGAGCAUCUUUAACAUCCUGGACAACGAUGCCAGUGGAUUUAUUGAGGAGGAGGAACUCAAGUUUUUCUUGCAGAGGUUCUCAGCUGGUGCUCGCGUGCUGACCGAUAAAGAGACUAAGGCUUUCCUGGCAGUGGCUGAUGAUGAUAGUGAUGGCAAGAUUGGGGUCGAUGAAUUCCAGGCAAUGGUUCUGCCUUGAGCGACCAGGCCAUUCGCAUUUCUCCCCUCUCUUGUACUCAGACAUCAGUUCAGCGGGCCCGCUUCUUACAACACAGGUUUAUUUGUUCUCGGGGAUCCCCUGCUCAGUAGAAUCACCACUCAUAUACACACACUCCAAAGUUUUCAUGUCAUUUUUGAAUCUAUGUUUAGAGGGGCGCAAAAUGAGAUUGACCAAAUGUACAACUUACAGAUAUUUAUUGAAGUGAAUAAAAAUGGCUGAAAUAUUGAAA